CCUUUCUGCGCAGCACCGCAGCCCCCUUCCGUCUGAGACUCACUGGCAGGGCGCGUGAGGACGAAGGUUAGGCCUUCGCUCUCUCUAUAGAGCGAGACAAGGGCGGGGAGACAAGAGUGCGGAGCCCAACCAUAGAGUGCGAGACGGGGGAACGGGAAGGUUGCUGUCAGUUGCCCUGCGUGGCCCGCGACGUAGUCCCGCCCCUUCCUGUCGAUGCCAUGCUAGAAUAGUCCGGCAAAGCGUGGAGAUGGAAAGAGCUGGCGACGAGCGGGUGCUGCUGCCUCCGGCGGAGAUGGAAACAGAGACUCACAGUGAAGGCUUCACGAGGGUCCUGAAGCGGAAGAGGCGCCGGGAGCCCCAGAUGGACACGAACGAGAGCCCUGUGCCUAGGAAGAGGCCCGAUUUCCCCCCUCUUAGCGGUGAAGCCCUCGCCGAUGGAAAAGAUGAAUUGAGAAAAAUUCCUGUACCAGCAAACAGAUACACUCCUUUGAAAGAGAACUGGAUGAAAAUUUUUACACCAAUUGUAGAACAUUUGCAGCUUCAAAUUAGAUUUAACCUAAAAACAAGGAAUGUAGAGAUAAAGACUUGUAAAGAAACAAAAGACAUAGGUGCUUUGACAAAAGCAGCUGAUUUUGUAAAAGCUUUUAUACUAGGAUUUCAAGUUGAGGAUGCACUUGCAUUGAUUAGAUUAGAUGAGCUUUUUCUAGAAUCGUUUGAAGUAACAGACGUCAAGCCUUUAAAAGGAGAUCAUCUUUCAAGAGCAAUAGGAAGAAUUGCUGGGAAAGGAGGAAAAACCAAAUUUACUAUUGAAAAUGUAACAAGGACACGAAUAGUUCUUGCAGACUCGAAAGUUCAUAUUUUAGGAUCUUUCCAGAACAUUAAAAUGGCACGGACAGCAAUUUGCAAUCUCAUCUUAGGAAGUCCUCCAUCUAAAGUUUAUGGCAAUAUUAGAGCAGUAGCUAGUAGAGUAGCAGAAAGAUUUUAAGACCAAGUCUUUUGCUCUGAAGUCACAAGAUUCUACACAAGAUACAGGAAAUAACUUGAAGAAAGAAGCAACAUCAAAAUAUAAAUUACAAAGAAAUGUGUUUUCUUUAAAACCCAAAACAAAACACAUUGUGUUUCAGAAGUUCUGCUAAACCAUUUCAAGUGGGUGACAGUUCCGCCAAACCAAAACCUGGAAUAUUUUGUUUGUCCCAAGUUUGGGCUAAGACAAAAUCCAGAAGGAUUUUAGGGGGCGAGUAGGGCAAGGCUGAUGUGCCUUGCCUCUCUCUUCCCUCCUCUGCAUGGCCUGUGGCAGACUAUCUUUCCAAUGCCUCCCUUGCCUACUUCCCACUAGCUACUGCCACAUCCUUGGCUUCUAGUGGAAAUAUCUAACUGACCUGCCCAUCCUUCUGAUCUUUGCAGCAUCUUCAAUUUCCUUGUUUCUGCUUAGUUGCCACCGGUGUCCAUAGGUUUCCCACUUUCCCCAAUGCCCCAAAACACUUCUGUCCAGAAGAUGCAUGAUUCAGUUCAUGUCGGGACCACUCAAAAUUAGCAGUCCCAUGCAUGGAAUAUUUUGCACAUACCUAAUAAACUAAUAGCAACUUUCAGUUCCAACAUGACUGGUGUAUAAAAGAACUGCUGCAGCAAUGUCCUCGAACAAGGAUCUAUCAUCAAACAUUCUAAAUGAAGUUAUAUCCAAUAAAAACUGGUACUUGGA